AUGGCCAAAGGAAAGAAGGGCUCAAGUAAGAGCACACAAGAGAGGACACCAGUGACCUCAGACGAACGUUUCAAGUCCGUCCACAAUGAUCCCCGUUUCAAGUUACCCAACUUGAAGCAAUUCAAAACGAAAGUCGAUGAGCGUUUCUCGAGAGAUGUGUUGAAGAAGUUAAACACUAGUGGUAGCGGAAAGAAGGUCAAAAUCGACAGAUACGGACGUAAGUUGAAGAACGAUGACGAUGAUUUCGACAAGUACUUUGAAGAAGAGAACGACGACGAAGAAGAAGAUGAUGUAAGCGAUAGCGACAGUGGAAGCGACUCUGAAAGUACUUUGGUUGCCACUGCAGAAUUGGACAGGGCCAGAGGCGAAGGCCUCGUGUCUUCAUCAGAAUCCGAAUCAGAUUCAGACUCAGACUCAGACUCGGAUUCUGAUGACAACUCGGUUGAUUUUGAAGAAGAAUCAGAGGUUGAAUUGGAAGAUGUCAAGCCCGAGGAGGGUGAUCCAACCAGCUCCUUUGCAGUGGUGAAUAUGGAUUGGGACAAUGUGAAAGCUGUAGACCUUAUGGCUACCUUUGUCUCGUUCGUACCCACGAGUGGGUUCAUCAAAUCCGUGACUAUAUUCCCAUCUGAGUUUGGAAAAGAGCAAAUGCAAAAAGAAGAGAUCGAAGGGCCACCAAGAGAGUUGUUCCAAUCUAAGAAGUCGAAGAAGGUGGAAUCUGAUUCCGACUCUGAUGAUGAUCUCGAUGUCACCAAUGCCGAAGGCUUGGAAAAAGCUACCAGAAAGUUGUACGAAGAAGACAACGGGGAGGAAGACUAUGACUCCAAGGCUUUGCGUCGGUACCAGUUACAGAGAUUGAGAUACUACUAUGCGGUUGUUAAAUGUGACUCCGUCUCAACAGCCAAAGCAAUUUAUGACAAUUGUGAUGGUACUGAAUUCGAAUCUACUGCCAACAUUUUCGAUUUGAGAUAUGUUCCUGAAGAAAUGGAAUUCGACCAAGAUGAAGCCACUGAUGUCUGCACAAAAAUUUCCUCCAAGUACAAGCCAAAUUCUACUUUUGUUACUGAUGCAUUACAACAUUCUAAAGUCAAGCUUACCUGGGACGAAACACCUAAAGAAAGAUUACAAUUUGCCAGCAGACAGUUCUCUCAAAAAGAAAUCGAUGACAUGGAUUUCAAGGCAUACUUAGCAUCGGACAGUGAAGACGAACAAGAAGACGAUGACGAUAACAAAAACAAAUACAAGACUUUAUUGGGAGACAAAUUCAAGUCUAGACCAGAAACAAGAAUCGAAGAUGAAGAUGAAGAUGACGUUGACAUGGAAAUUACUUUCAACCCAGCUUUAGAAGGACCAGGAGCUUCUACAAAACAAGAAGAACCACAAGAAAAACUCGAGUCUACAAUUGAUGCUUACAAGCGUAAAGAAAAGGAACGUCGUAAGCGUAGAUUGGAAAAGUUCAAAGAACAAAAGGGUGAUAAGGAGGAUGAUGACAAGUCUAAGUCUAAGAAUAAGAGAGGUCCUAUAGAAGUUGAUGCCAAGGCCAAGGAGGAAUUGGAAUUACUUAUGAUGAAUGAAGAUAAUGAUGAACAAGAAGCAAAGCAUUUCAACAUGAAAGAUGUUUUGAAAUCGGAGAAGCAAAAGGGAAAGAAGGGAAAGAAGAGAAAGAACUUCGACAACGAGUUGACUCAAGACAACUUUGAAGCUGAUUUGAAUGAUCCUAGAUUCAAGGAAAUCUUCGAAAACCAUGACUAUGCCAUCGAUCCUACAAACACAGAGUUCAAGAAGACUGAAACUAUGAAAAAGAUUUUGAACGAACGGUCGAAGAGGAAAAAGUUUGACGGAAGACAAAAUAAGAAACAAAGAAGUAAUGAAAAUGUGGACAGCAAAACCGAGUUGAAAUCUAUGGUUGACAAGUUCAAGAGAAAGAACAGAAAGUAA